AUGACGUUUCCUGCCAAAGAUAACUCCUGUCAAAUGUGCGUCUGCUCCGCCGAGGGAAAAGAUGAAUACUGCAGUGAAAGACCAGCCGUGAAUGUCAAUGAAUGCUUAAUGAUGUCAAAGCUGAUGGAUAAUUUCCAUAGCUAUAUGCCUUUUGACCACAAGAGGAAUUUGGCAUUUAGGAUCAGAAGAGUUGGCGGAGAGCCCACAGGGAAGAAGUGUGUACCAUUUGUAUCUCAAUACGAUGAUUGUAACGCCGAGAACCAGUGUAUGGGUUGUACCAAAUGUACGUGCACCGCGCAAGGAACCUGGUCGUGUAAGAAGGAAAAGAGAUGCUCUCUUUUAGAACGAGAGCCGGUCGACGAAGAAGAUAUUGACAACGCUCUGCAGCUGAUGGAGAUCGAAAUGAAAAACGAAAGAAUGAAGCAAGCUAGUUCAUCAUCGAAUCCUCUAGUACCGUCGCCUCCUAAACUGGAAGAUUUGGUCAUAGGUUACAUUAUAGCAGUAAAUUGA